AUGGACCGCGUAAUAAAGGUUGUAGUCUUCUACCAGAUUCACGAUGACUAUCUGAACUUCAGUGCCUACGCGUCCCAAAAGGGCUUCGCCGAGGACAUGGACGAGGGCAAGUUCUCGUUCCCCAUCGUAUGCGGCAUUGAGAAGCAUCCUGAGUUUCGGGGUCAAAUCCUCGUCGUCUUUAGACAGUGCCCAGCCAGCGCGACCGCUGAGGCUCGGCCGCUGUCCAGGAAGGUCAAGGAUCAUAUGAUCAAGUGCAUUGCGUCGUCUUGCGGCUUCGACGAGACUCUGAAGUGCUUGAAGAGCAUGGAGCACGAGAUCGAGCUAGGGAUGGUCAAGAUUGAAGAGAAACCGGGUCAAGCUAAUUCCCUCUUGAGACUCUGCCUGGCUGCGUUGAGCAUGGAAGGACAAGAGAAGAUUUGA